GAACGGUUGUAAAUUACAACUUGUAAUGCUUGGAUAACCUGACCUGGUGCACGUGGUGUAAAAGAAGCACGUGGUGUGAAACGUGAAGCAUGUCGCUGUCCAAAAGACAGGACGGUGUAAAGCAGGUGCCAUGGUUAUCUCCGGUGGAAUGGCAUAAUGUGUACAGACAGAUUUAUUCCAACGACCCAGAUGAACAGGUGAAGGCCUAUGAGACACUUUUAGCGUGGAAAGCUAGGAUGCCAAAACUCCCAGUUGGUGUAGAUUGCACUUUGUCAAUUUUGCAAGUGUGUCUCCGUGAUCGCGAAUGGACAUCCAAAAUCGACAGUGGUGAAUUGCCUAUGUACUGCGAGAACGAUUUGAGCCUGAUGUAUUCAACUACAAUAAUGAGAUUCUUAAAUCACUUCUGCAACAUAGGGCAUACAAAGCAGACAUCUAUGUUUAAGAUAGCCAACCAACUGAAAAUCCCAGAAUGGAUAGUUGAGUUGAGACAUAAGACUGCCCAUGGACACGAAUUGCCAUCCAUUGGAGUACUAAGAAUAGCAAUUAAUAUAUUGCUUCAUUGGUUGCAUGAUGAAUAUUGGGCACCUGAGGCACAUGCAAUGGAAAAAUGUUACAUGAAAGAAGCUGAAGAAGAAGAAUCUGAAGUGCAAAACUUCACUGAUGUAAUCGAACUUUGGUCAGCUGUUAGUUUAUAUGUUGACGCUGGUUAUAAUUUAGUGUCAGAUUUACCAGAGAUACAAUUACGGGAAAUAUUGCAAGAAUUACGCACGCACAUGCUGAUGCAGUGUAAAAGUAAAAUCUCAGACAAUGAUGAGAAUGAAUAUAUAUCCGUUUACAAAAAAACUAUAAAGAUUGAUAAAGAAUAUAAUUUGCAAACUGCACAAGCUUUACUUUUAUCCAAGAUAUCUCUGGAUAUGAAUGAAUCUUUGAGUACAGUAUAUGAGAAGAGCGACGCAAUAUGUAACGCGUUAUUUAGCAAUAAAGUUUUUCUACCAAAUUUAGACAUCAUGAGAGUUUUUCGACAAAAUGAGAAGAGGAGUAUUAAUUUGAAAAGGAAGAUUUUACCUUUCAAAAUGCUUCGAUUCUGGAAAGACAUCAUUUUUUUAUUACAUGAAAGAGAGAUGCUAGAAACAUUGUUGUUUAAGUUGCUCAGUAUUGUGGACCAAGAACGUGAAGAUAAGGAAAAAAGAAAUCUUGCUGCCUUAUGGAUAAGUUCUAUCUUCUAUAGUUUUGUUCAACUGGAUAUUGUUCAAAGUACUUCUCAUACCAUGGAGUAUGAAUUGCAAAAGGAUAAUAUAAAACUAGACACGAAGACUUUAAGUAACCUUCUCAAAGAACGCAUACACUCUAAACAUCCAUACUUGAAAAACAUCCUGUGGCUGGACAUAUCAAGUACUAUACCGGACUUUCUUCUUGAUAUUAAUUUUUUAUCAAGACUUCUAUUAAAUGUGAACGAAUUCUCUGCAAGAUUGGUAGAACCAAUUUUAAAGUUGUUUACACCAAGAAUAGAUGUGCAAACAAAAAGACAUUUGUUAAAUUUGCUUGAAAUUUACACAUUCCAAAAGGACAAUAGUGAAGAUAACAACAUUGAUAGUGAUAAAAUAUUUAGUAUCGAAGAUUUCGAUCCAAGUCCAACAGUAAACAAAGUGCAGAUACAUAAAAUAAAACUUCAAAAGAAAACUGCUCACUUAUUAGCAGAUCAAAUAAUCCGUAAUUCACAUUGGAAGCCAGCACAUGGUAAUUAUCAAUGGAUCGAAUGUCCCAUUGGAUUACUGCCAUGGCAAAUUGACUCAUUAAAAAGUUUGGAACCUCUCAAAUUGAAUCCAUCGAGACACUCCGUUUCACUUCUGGAUUCUCAAAUAGUCGCCGGUAUUGUAAAUCAUAAGAAGUUAAAAAUGCAAAGUCGUAUUAAUUGGGACAAUGUAUUGCGAAAGAAAAGGAGAGUAAAGACGAAACAUAAGAGUGUCGCAGAUAUUAUAAUGAACAGAGCAUUAGACAUUGUCACAAACCAGUCAUAAUUCAGAUAUUGUGGAUGUAAGAGAAUGUUAUUACCUAUUGCAUUGCUUGUAUUUCAAUAAAUAAAGUUAUGUAUAAUUUAUAAAAGUUUACAAUAUGAAGUUGUCUGUCUGUGAUACAUAUUUUAUCAUCAGCGACAAAAGAAUAAAAAAAUAAUCUGAAGUAAAGAAAAAAAUAUGUAGAAAAAUAUUAGAUAUGUUGCAGAGGGUAAAGUAUGAAAGUAUGUCGUUAAGUAUUUGAACGUAUUUGCAAAUUAACUCUAGUAAUAACCAUAUUUAUUUAAAUAUUUAUUUUUUUGAUGUAUAUAAUUAUCACACCAUAACAGUUAUUGGUCCAGGCCAAUAAACUAAGAAGCAGAAGACCAUAUAACAAUCAAAUAUAUUAAAUUACAUAAGUUAUAUCUGUGUAUAAAAGUAUUAAGUUCGUUUAGUAUCACAACAUAUCCAAGCACCAUCGCGCAUCGCUAUUUCUCGAAUUAGAUAGA